GUCAUAAGCUUUCGGAAGCAAAGAGGCUUGAAAUAUAAAUGUAUUGGAUUGAGUUCUUAAUGGAAGCUUUUUAAUACGGUCGACGUUGCUGGCAUCAAGUGGUUGAAGUAAUAAUUAUAACUCAAUUUUUAUUUCAAAAUUACAUAUUAGGUCUGUAAAAUUAUGUGUAUUAUUUUAAACGUUUUCAAAAUAAUGUUUUUUGACACGAUCAACAUUACGUUUUAUAAAAAAGACUUUUAUUUUGAUGUGGUUCCAAAAAGUCUAACCGGAAGUCCACAGUGACAGACGAAUGUGAAAAGUGAAGAGCAACGGGCUGCACUUGGAAAGUUUUAAGUACACUUUGCUACAAUUUCCAGAGACAAACAUCUAACCAAAAUACAUUCUGAUCAUGACAUCCAUCUCAGCUGACAGCGAUAAAGAGAAGCUGCGCGCCGUGUCAGUCGACUUGAAUAUCGACGCUUCUCUCAUCAUUGACAUCCCUGACGCCCUUUGUGAACGUGACAAAGUCAAAUUCACCGUUCACACCAAGACUACACUUAGUUCCUUUCAGAAGCCGGAUUUUUCUGUGUCACGUCAGCAUGAAGAUUUCAUUUGGCUUCAUGACACUAUUGUGGAGACUGAGGACUAUGCUGGCUUCAUUAUCCCUCCUGCCCCACCAAAGCCUGACUUUGAGGGUCCCAGGGACAAGAUGCAUAAACUGGGAGAGGGGGAAUCCAGCAUGACAAAGGAGGAAUAUGCAAAAAUGAAGCAGGAACUUGAGGCGGAAUAUCUUGCUGUUUUUAAGAAGACUGUGCAGGUUCAUGAAGUUUUUCUUCAGAGACUUUCCUCCCAUCCCAUCUUAAGCAAAGACAGAAACUUUCAGAUAUUCCUGGAAUACGACCAGGAUCUCAGCGUAAGGAGAAAAAAUGCCAAGGAAAUGUUUGGUGGAUUCUUUAAGUUUGUGGCGAAGAAUGCAGAUGAACUCCUCGUCUCAGGGGUCAAGGAGGUUGAUGAGUUUUUCGAACAGGAGAAGACGUUCCUGUUAGAUUAUUCUGUAAAAAUCAAAGAUGCCACUACUAAGGCUGAGAAAGUGACCUAUUCACACAAAAACGUUGCUGAUGAUUAUAAUCAUAUUUCUGCGACUCUGAACAGCACUGCUGCAGACAACAACACCGUCUUGAAAAAACACUUAGAAAAAGUUGCUGAAGUGUUUGAAAAGCUUAGAAAACUGGAGGACAGAGUGGCAUCGGAUGAGGAGCUUAAACUAACAGAGCUGCUGAGAUAUUACACCAGAGACAUUCAAGCAGCUAAGGACCUUUUGUACAGACGGGCACGGGCGCUCUCCGAUUACGAGAAUUCCAAUAAAGCUCUUGACCGGGCUCGUCUGAAGGGUAAAGACAUUGCACUGGCAGAGGAGAACCAGAAGCAGUGUCUGCAAAAGUUUGACAAGCUCUCUGAGUCUGGCAAGAAAGAGCUUACCAGCUUCAAGUCAAGGCGUGUAGUGGCCUUCCGCAAGAAUUUGAUUGAGAUGGCUGAACUGGAAAUAAAACAUGCCAGGAACAGCGUGUCUCUUCUGCAGGGAAGCAUAGAGACGCUCAAGAGCAAUUGAGUCACAUGAUGAAAUCACUGGAGUAAUUGCAGCACCUUGUAUUGUUACUGACCAUAUACUGAGUUGAUCCCGGAUGUGCCUACUUUACAUGGCCCUAAUGUGGCUCAGUUACCACUCGAAAAACCCUGAGAUAGUCACCAUGAGCAGAAUGUCUUUACCAUGUUUACACUUUUAACUGCCAGAAUCUUGCAAUAUCUGACUGAGGGCAGUGACUUCUUCCAUGGUUGUGUUAGCACUUAAAAGCUCUCUAGUUUUUGGUCUGUUAUGUUGAUUUGUCAUUAAUGCAAAUUCAUGCUAUCUUCUUUCUUUUUAAGUUUAGCUUGUAUCCGCUAAGAUAUCUUAGUUCAGAUUACACUGACAUAUAUAAACACUUACACAGACAGAGUAAAAUGUGCUAUUUUUUCAUGAGCAAGUUAUGACUGCAGUUUUGUACCCUUCAAAUGUGAUGAUUUAUUUGUCUUUUGCAUUAACACCGGAAAGUUGCUAGAUGCUCAUUAACUAUAACAUAAAGAUAAAACACUUGUAUGUGUUGUGCGUGUUUGACAUUGAGAAUUUGUAAAAUAGGCUACAAGUCUCUUCAAAAUAUACAAUACAGUCGAUAAACAUUUCUCUAUUGAUCCAAAGUAAAAAAUGAAUGUGAAAUGGGAAUGCCAUAGUAUUAAUUUACAAUCAAAUUCCAAGUCAAUCUGCACUCGCUGUGCUGUCAUAUUAAAUCUGUUAAUAUUGUAAUUUCACGUUUAUGUUUUAGAUGAGUGAAAAAUUGACUGACCCUGACGUUUCUGCUUUUAAGAAGGCAAUUCUCAAUUAUCUGUUAUUAUGACAUGAUUUGGUAAAGGCUGAAGAGCCAUGAAUAAGAUGGUGCUUAUUGUCUGUGUGUAUGCAAAAGGGGAGCUGCAUGUUGCCCCUGAGACUAAAUUUGGAUUAUACAUGGAUAUUUUUUCAUCUAGUAAAGUAUAAACAAGUAUUCUUUUUUUUUUUUUUUGCUUUAUUGUGCAUGUUUAAAUCAUUUCUCUUUCUGUUGUCACUAAUACUAACAGUCUAAAACUAACUACAUUUAAAGUCAAUGGACCAAAAUCUGUGUAAAGUUUGGUUUUGUGUAGUGCCACAAAAAAUGUGUAUGCCAUGAUGGAGAUUAUGUUUUGUAAAAGCUCAGAAAUAUACAUUUCUAAAUGAAUGUAUACGUUGAAAUGUCUUUUCUUAUAAAAAAAUUUUUUGUGAAAACUUGCAAUAAUUAAAUAUAUCUUGCUUUCCCAUUU